AUGGAGGUGGAUGUGCAACGCAAACCAAAUCCAGCUCUACAGAGGCGUCAAGAUGGCCAGAAAUCUCUGCGGCCCGCUAAAGGGGGUGCUCCUGGGAAAACAAAGCAGGCGCGUGCAGAGAAUACCCAACGCCAGGUUGGGGAGCCAGCUGCUGACCCCAAUCCUCAUGCCGCGGUCAGGGAGGCAACCCGCCGGAGGCGCCUUAUUCUGGAAGAGGAAUCAGAGGACGAAUUUAUUGUCCAGAGCAUAUCUCCGAACAGGAAGGGGGAUACCCAGCGACUGCCUGGGAAGAUGGAUGGUGGCCGACCUAACCCUUCUAAAACGGCUGCUCACCAUCGGGAGUGUGGCCAGCUGGGAAAUGGGCCGGGCAAGGAGGAUUUACCUUCCUAUGCACCCACUUUGAAUGAUGGGCCUGAGCCCAAUUCACGGCUGCCGAAGGCCUCAGCGAAACCUGCUAAGGCUAAGAGGCUGAAUCGGCCCAGCAAAGCAGUCCAAGACCCUAAGGGAGCGGUUAACAAGCCCGAAUUGCCCAAAGGGGAGGUGCAACGAGCUGGCCACUCUGACCCUACUGACUCGGUGGACUCAGUCUCGGAAAGUGAGGCCCAAUCUUUUGAAAUCCGACGACGUUCACCUGUGGUCAUGGGGAAAAUGUGGCGUCCGGCCCAUUCCACUAAAGUCAGUCAGGUGGUGCGAGCCAUUGAGCAGGGAUUGGCGAUGAGGGACGAUGAGGAGGUGCCCGAUAAUGGAGAGAACCAAGCUCAAGGGAGCAUGGAUAGGCAGAAACCGAUUUUGGACACUGCUCAAACUACCUCCUUUAAUGAAUAUGGGACCAAUUUGUCAGACCCGGAGAUGGGUGCCAAGAAACGGCAAUUUGAUGAAAUGGAGGGGGUGAUAGAGGAUAAUCCUACCCCAAAACGACAGUUUGUGGAGGACAAAGAUGGAGUGGAAAAGGUGGAGGAAGCCAGCCUAGAGUGGCCCCAACUAGUUAAAUGA